UUUGCUGCACUAGACCCGGAGUUGCGUAUACAAAUUGAAGGAUAUCGACCAGGCCUUUAUGUUCGUUUGGGCUUUCGAGCUAUACCUGCCGAGUUCAUAGAAAACUUUGAUCCGAGUUACCCAGUACUGGUUGGUGGGUUGAAUAUGACCGAAGAAAAUAUUGGCUAUGUCAACUGCAAAGUAAAAAAACAUCGAUGGUACAAAAAGAUUUUGAAAACUGGCGAUCCACUUAUAAUUUCUUUGGGCUGGCGUCGUUUUCAAACCGUACCAAUAUAUGCGAAAAUAGAAGAUAACUUCCGACAUAGGUAUCUGAAAUAUACACCAAAUCAUGUAACAUGUAGCAUGACUUUCUGGGGCCCAAUCACUCCACAAAAUACCGGUUUCUUAGCUUUACAAACAGUACGCCACGAUCUAGAAGAAAUGAAGAGACUCGGCUUUCGAAUUGCCGCCACAGGUAGCGUCAGUGAAAUGGAUAAAUCAGCGCAAAUAAUGAAAAAGCUAAAGUUGGUGGGCCAACCAUUUAAAAUAUAUAAGAAAACGGCCUUCAUUAAAGGAAUGUUCAAUACUGCUCUUGAAGUGGCGAAAUUCGAAGGAGCUAAGAUAAAAACUGUUUCUGGAAUACGCGGUCAAAUCAAGAAGGCACACCACGAACCAGAGGGUUCAUUCCGUGCAACGUUCGAAGACAAGAUUCUCUUGAGCGAUAUUGUCUUCUGCAGAACGUGGUUCCGAGUGGAUGUGUCGCGAUUCUAUACACCCAUCACCUCGCUUUUGCUGCCUCCAGACCAGAAGUCGCAGUGGCAAGGCAUGAAGACCUUGGGUCAGCUGAAGCGCGAACGCAAUAUUCAUAAUCAAGCGCAAUCAGAUAGCCAGUACAUAGAAAUAAAGCGAGAACCGAAAAUAUUCAAACCACUUACGAUACCCAAAGCUUUACAGCGAGCUUUGCCAUACAAGGAUAAGCCGAAACUAGGACCACUAACAGACAAAAAGACUCAGGAGUUGGAGCGCAUAGCUGUGAUACGCUCGCCUCAUGAACAAAAGGUUGCAAAGAUGAUGAAUAUGAUUGAGACCAACUACAAAGACAAGAGAAAACGUGAUAAAAUGGAAACCAAGAUCCGUUUGAAGCAGUUUCGUGCGGAAAAGCGUAUUGAGGAAAUGAGAAAGAUGAAACGUCAAAAGGAGGUGCGAAAGAAAAUCUCCCGUGCUAUAAGUAAAAUGCGUAAAAAGCAGGAUACCUAAAAAAUUGUGUGACCAUUGAUUACAUUAGUAUGUAUAGGCUUUUCCUUUUAUUUAUCACAAAACACCGAUAUCUGUCACAUUUAACUUUGCCUGGCAAUUCGGCCGCCGGCUCCCCCAUUUCCUCCCCCGCACUCAUGGACGCACUGGAGCAAAACAAAAGAUGAAUUCGCCUCAAAAAAAGCUCACGUAAACACCAACGAAAGCCACAGCGCGAGCGUGUGGAGCACACAUUCCGAUGGAGCGCCUAGCUUACACAGCAGCAGCUGUUAGUUGGCGCUGCCAGUCUCAACACAAACGCGGCGCGUGCAUGGUCAACUACGGAAGCGAGCGGUAACGAGUGAUGUGAGUGGCCGAAAAAAAAACAAUAGGAAUAAACGGAAAUACAUAUACACAAAAGUUUGUAUUACGUUGAAGUGUCAUUAAGGCAAACUACGAACGCAUCACUCUACGAGUAUCAACGGCCAAGACGGUAAAUUGCUAUACAUAUAUAGUAAAGAAUCAUACGUACGAGUACGCAACUAAAGUUGUAAAUACUUAACUGAAAUUAAAUACAUGAACGCGUGUACAAUAAGA